UAGGUGCAUAAUUUGUACACAUAAAUAGUUCAGGAAGAGUUAUUUGCUGAUGUAAUUUUACAGCAAAAAACAAUACGAUGUGGACUCACGAGUGAAAAAUGUUUGCAACUGAGGAUACGCCUUCGCACAGUAGAAUGGAAAAGUCGAGAAGAAAGCUGAAGAGUGACAGACGGCAGCGCAGGACAGUGACGCGCUGAUUCAAGAUGGCUACGCAUGGUACGCAGGCGGGAGGUGGUGGGCCUCUUGCGCGUCUUCUGGUACUUGCUGUUUUACAAGUCAAUUUUAUAGCUCUAGGUCUGGAGCCCGAUUUCCUCUACCCGCUUGAGAACGUCACCAUAGCCCAAGGAAGGGACGCUACUUUCACGUGUGUGGUCAAUAACCUUGGUGGUUAUAGGGUGAGUGGCGACUCCGCCACCGCCAGGGUGGCAUGGAUCAAAGCGGACACGAAAGCUAUUCUGGCAAUACACGAGCACGUGAUUACCAACAACGCAAGGCUGAGUGUUACCCACAGCGACUUCAACACGUGGACCCUCAAUAUACGAGGGGUGAAAAGGGAGGAUAGAGGACAGUACAUGUGCCAAGUUAAUACAGACCCAAUGAAAAUGCAGACAGCAUUUCUAGAAGUUGUUAUACCUCCUGACAUAGUCUACGAAGAGACGUCAGGGGACAUGAUGGUACCCGAAGGGGGGUCCGCGAAACUUGUGUGCAAAGCGCGCGGAUACCCCCCACCCAAAAUAGUGUGGAGGAGAGAAGACGGGGGUGACAUUAUAUCGAGAGGUGGACCACAAGGAAAAACUAAAGUGACUUCGCUUGAAGGUGAGAUUGUAAAUCUCACUAAAGUGACCAGAUCAGAGAUGGGAGCAUAUCUUUGCAUCGCAGCCAACGGUGUGCCGCCUUCUGUCAGUAAAAGGAUAAUGCUACAAGUGCAUUUUCAUCCUUUAGUGCAAGUUCCGAAUCAACUGGUGGGGGCGCCGACUGGUACGGAUGUCACCUUGCAGUGUCAUGUGGAAGCUUCACCCAGGGCCAUUAAUUAUUGGACGAGAGACAAUGGAGAAAUGAUAAUAUCCAACGACAAGUACUACAUGAGCGAGAUCAACAGCUCGGCGUACAGCGUACAAAUGCGACUCGUAGUACGCAACAUACAGACUGGUGACUUCACCGGAUACCGGUGUAUCUCCAAAAAUUCUAUUGGAGACGCCGAAGGAAACAUAAGAUUGUAUGAAAUGGAGUUGCCGAACCGGAAAAACCGAGUGGAUGACGAGGACUCUGAUCUAGAAGAGACCAACGACGUUAGAUCUAGUCUCCAAGGCUCAUUGCGAGAAGGUGGGCAUAGGGCAGAAGAUGCCGGCUUCCUUGGCGGUGGGGGACCACCCCUUGCCUCAGCGACCCGUGUAACCCCCUACGCAAUCUUUUUAAUAUCAGCCUUAGUCUACGCCGCGUCCUAAACUUUCCCGUUGAAGCCAUAUAUGCAAGUUCGCGAGAGUGUAUUGUACAUCACGUAUCCGUUGUUCUUCCAAGUUUAAAAUAUAUUUUUCAAUUACCAAGACUUAUCCCAACACAGUAAAAGUGAAAUUGCUGUUAUAAUAAAUUCUUUUUCCAUUUACUAUCAACAUUAUUUUAUCGGUGUUUAUAUUUAAGUUUAAUUUUUAAUGUUAAAAGUGACUUACAAUAA